UCAGAAAUAAAAUAAACAUUUCAUAAUUAUUAUUGAAAAUAUAUGAGAAAAGAACUGUUUAUAAAUACAUCGCUUGUAAUCCGCUCAAUAUACAAUUUUGCUGACACCCAAAAUAAGAAUUCAUUUUAAUUUGAUUCAAAUAUUUUUCCGACGCAAUUGAUCAAAACGUUAAAAAAAUUGUAACGUGGUAUUUCUACUUCGUGCGAGAACAGAUAUGUUAAAUACGUGCAACUCUGGAUGAUAAGAGGCAGAAAAAACAAGUGGUAUUUUGCCGGUUUGACAUUUCUUUUUUUUUUUUAAUUUUUACCUUCUAUUUUUUGAAAACCAUGAUUUGAGGAUGACAAAAUUGACUGUUAUAAUUUCUAUCGUAUGUGCUUAUUAUUUUUGUUAAUUUUGUCCAAAUUUCUCGUUGAAAUAUAGUAAACCACAUUAAGAAUUAGCAGACAACCUUCAAUGUUGAGUGAAGAUAAAACAUUACCCGACGGCAAGAGGCGUAAAAGGUUGAGGAUUCGGCGGCUGGCCAGUAGUCCUGCAGAUGAAAAACGUAAUAAGAAACAAGAGUCCAAAACUCGCACUUUCUUACGAAAACUCAAACGUGCUCUGUUUAUUACGUUAUUCUUGUCGGCAGCCGCUGCCCUUAUAUUAGGACAUCAUCUCACACGUAGUAAUGCUAAGCAAACUACAAUCUUCAAAGAUUUUUUAAAUAGUUAUCGACGACAGUACCAUCAAAUUGUACAUGGGAAACCACAUUAUUGUGAAUCAUUAUUAGAUGUUCAAUCCAUGAUGUCAGGUGUGCGUAAAUAUAAAAUUCUGCAUCAAGAGCAAGCUUUACAAGGAUUGGAAAGCACUCUAAGGAAUCAAACACAGUUUCAUUCCAUUGCAAUAGUGGGACCAUCGGGUGUUGGAAAAACUAUGACAGCAAGUGCUUUAGCGGCUAAUUUUCCAUGGCGUGAAAAUGUUUGGACAUAUGCUUGGAAUACACAUGUUGAAAAUGAAGUACAGAAAUUUCACAUGUUACGACUUUAUGUAGAGCAGUUUUCUGAUUGUGGCAGUAAUUUAUUAAUAGUUGAUAACCUUUUGCCAUGUGAUGAUGCGAUAGUCCCACUAUUGAAUCAAAUGAUAACAUCUCAAGAUGACGCAAGUAAUAAGCGCGUCAUCGUGAUUUAUAUAUUUAACUUAAACGCAAUGCUGGAUUUAAAUUCGUAUCAGCAACAGGAAAAUACUCUGCAGCAUUUACCUAAUACAACCACAAUAAAUUUCAAGAAAUUAAAUAAAAACGAUUUGCGGGAGUGUAUAUACCGCGAAAUGCAGGCUGAAAAUCUAAUUAUCACUAAAGAUAACUUUGACGAAAUUGCGAACACAAUUGAUGUAGAAACCUCUGGAUGCAAGAAAGUGAAAGCAAAAGUAUUAGUUUAUGGCCGUCCCUUGGAGGAAAAUGCGACUACUUAUGAAGGCUGAAAGCUAAAAUUCCAAAGAUUUUAUCCAAAUAUAAAAGGACUGAAAUACUUUAUAGAUUAAUUUACAAUUACAUCGCAUAUUAAAAUAUAAAUCAUAUACUUUUACAAAAAAUUUGUUGUAAUUCUGACAAAAAAAAUGUAUUUUUGCCACUGUUUACAUGUGUAUUAAAAUUAAAGAGUUUUAGAUAUUAAUCUCAAAAAAUUAAAAGACAAAAGAAACUGUAAUUUUCCAUAUUCCGUUCCGUAGACCCGACUGUCGUGGGAGCGGUAUAAAGUUCCAAUGCUGAUUUGUGGAAACCGCCGAUAACGGACUACCCAACAUAUACUUAUGUAGCUGCCAUACAAAGUAACUAAUAAAUUUUAUUUUUUAUAAAAGGGCCUGGUAGCAAA